GAAGGGGGUGCUCAUCUUUCCUCUUUGUACUUUUUGGCUCAUACAUGCAAUGUGCUUGGGUUAGCCCAUUUGCAUCCGCCUCAAGUUCUGGGAGAGAAUAUAUGUGCUGUAUCCUGUUCAUGUUAUCAAAAGAGGCCACAAAUUGUGGGUCUUCUGCAGAAUCAUGGAAUUACAUAAUUUUUAUGCUAUGCUAAAUCUGCGUCGGAUCUAUAAGUGAGUCUGCAACCACUGCGCCACUUUGGACCUCUGUGAUCUCUUCUAAGGUACAAUGUACCUCACUUCCUUCUUGACAGGGUCGUCUUUAAGGUAGAUAUGGCACAUGAACCUAAACGCUAUGAGAAGAUUGUCCCAAAGUUUACAGAGCUAAAUGACUUAGCAGUUGAAAAGGUUGGUGGGAAAAUAUCAUUUGCCACUGAUGACUAUUUUGGAGUUGCAGACAAUUUGAUAAAGUCUACAGAUCCCCUGUUUAAGGAAGGACUGUUCACAGAGUUUGGAAAAUGGAUGGAUGGCUGGGAGACGAGGAGGAAAAGGGUGGCGGGACAUGACUGGUGUAUCAUACAGCUAGGUGUUGCUGGCUGUAUCUAUGGGGUUGAUGUUGAUACAUCCUACUUCACAGGGAACUACACUCCUCAGAUCUCCAUACAGGGUGCUAAUCUGGACAGAGAUCUUCCUGAUAGACUCAGUGACAUGGGAACUGAAGCUACUGUGCAAGAAAUCACAGAAAUUACUAAACUUCACUCCGAGGAUUGGGAAGAAGUUUUAAGCAAAACGCCACUACGCCCAGGCUAUCUGACAUCCUGUCAUAAUUACUUUGAAAUUCACAAUAAGUCACGACAUACCCAUCUAAGAGUCAAUAUGUUUCCAGAUGGAGGUAUAGCCAGAUUGCGGGUAUAUGGACGUGCAAAGAGGGACUGGAGUACUGUGCCCCUGAAUGAAUUGACAGAUUUAGUUGCCAUGGAGAAUGGUGGAUUGUGUAUUGGUUACAGUGAUAGUCACUUUGGCCAUGCUCGACAUUUGAUCCAACCAGGACGUGCAGAAAACAUGGCAGAUGGCUGGGAAACAAAACGACAUCCUCAAAGACCAGCCAUACUGACAGCAGAUGCCCAAGGUAUCCUACAUGUUCCAGGAGACGAUUGGUGCAUAUUUCGCUUGGGGCAUCCUGGAACUGUAACAAAGAUUGAGAUUGAUACAAACCAUUUCAAAGGAAAUUUUCCAGAUUCCUGUCGCAUUGAAGGCUGCUGGGUUGGAGUAGAGCAUGAGGACGGGCUGAUCAAGAGGUACGACACCCACACAUGGAAGCCACUCCUUCCUGUCCAGAAACUUUCGGCCCAUAAACAGUUUAUCUAUGACGAUGAUGAAUUGUUUAGCUGUGGAGUUAUCUCCCAUGUACGUCUUUGCAUUGCACCAGAUGGCGGCAUUAGUAGAAUGCGUCUGUGGGGCUACAUUACAGAAAUUCCCAUGUCUAAGUUGUAGAAGGUUGUAGGCUCUGUUUUUGUGACAAUCAAGUGUUUUACUUUACCGGUUGUCUAUCAUGCUAUAAGUUGUCUAGAGAAAGUUGUCUUUGAAAUAUGAUAAUAAAUAAUUUGAUAAUAAUAUGAAAUAAAAUUCAAAAACUAGACUGCAAGACACAGGUGAAAAAAUCAUGGAAAAGUCUCACUAUUAUAGGAAAAAUCAGUGUUUUAAAAUUGACUUUUGAUCUCAAGCUGUUGACUAUCAGUGUGAUAUAGUUGACUUUUAGUUUUAAUAACUUGCCCUUAUGUAUCAUAAUUUUGCCAAAGAAGAUUCUUUGCAAAACACAAGGAAUACAUUUCUAUGAAAAAAAUUAUACGUUUAUAGGACAAUCAAUGUUACAAAGUUGGCUUUUGAACUCCAGUAGUUGAACAUCAUUUUGAUAUAGCUGACUUUCAAUUGUCAAUCAUUGACCUUCAAUGCUUUGUUAUCCAUUGCAAAACACAUAUAAAAACAUUUAAAAAAAUAUUGUACUCAAUAGGACAAUCAAUGCUAUAAAAUGACAUAACCUCAAUCACCGUUAUUUUGAUAAAAUCGACUUUCAAUGUCAAAUUCGUCACCUUUAGUGUCAUGGUUUAGAAUAGACAAGCUAACUGUCUGUAUCACAAGUUGUUAAUGUUAUAUCAUUGGCCUUCUGUGUUACCUAUUUGACUCUCAAUGAAGGUUCCCUCUACAUACAAGAAUUGGAAAUUUGUAUAAAAUGUUACGUAGUUUUGUAGGAUUAAUCACGGUGCUGGUGAUAUUACAUUUAAUGAUAUAUUUACACUACCCCUGGUUUAUGCAGAUACUUCAUUUAACAGAUUACGGUUUUUCUCACAUCUCUGAAUGCUACAUUGUUUUGAUUGAACAAACUGCUAUAAAUGUAUUUACACUAUAUCUGUUAUACCAAAGAAUAUUGUACCUGGAACAAUCUACAGUUAUACACUUAUAAUUAUCAGUUAUAACCCUUUGAUCAGUAUUAAGACAAUCUUCAUAUUACACAGAUUUGACACUGGUUCAUAUCUGGUAUAUCUCAUUAUAAACUUGGAAGUUAUAAUUACCAUCGUGUCCACUAUACCAACAUUCUAAGUUCUCUGACUCCAUUGAUCACAAUGCAAAUUUUCUAAGGACUGUGCCCCCAGUUUCCACAAUGAUUCUUUAUUAUGGUUUCUGCCUACAAUGUCCACUGCAACUCCCUACAAAGAACUCUGCAUAAAGUGUCCAUAAUACAAUCAUUCUAAGGACUGCAUGUCUCCUGUGUUUGCUACACACACUUUCUGAGGAUUCUGCUUCCAUUGUCCACUGUACCCUCUGUCUGAGGACUCUGCUUCCAUUGUCCACUUCACCGUCUGUCUGAGGACUCUGCUUCCAUUGUCCACUGUACCGUCUGCCUGAGGACUCUGCUUCCAUUGUCCACUGUACCCUCUGUCUGAGGACUCUGCUUCCAUUGUCCACUUUACCCUCUGUCUGAGGUCUCUGCUUCCAUUGUCCACUUGACCCUCUUACUAAAGACUUAACCUAAAAUGUCCAAAGUGCUGUCAUUCAAAGGACUUUGUCUACUGCAUGGAAUAUAAUCUUUCUAAGGACUCUGCUUCCAUUGCCCACCAUAUUCUCUCUUUGUAAGGCCUGCAAAUUCCACUAUACUAUCAUGCUUAGGAUUAGGUCUCAAUAAUGUAACUCCUGUUCUAAUGCAAUGCCUCCAGUGUUCACUUAACCCCAUUUCAAAGGACUCUGCCUAAAGUAGGGGUGUUACAACAGACUAAAAGGUAUCACGAAUGAUUUGUCAGAGGUACUGGAGUCAAAAGAAUGAAAAUCUUCCAAAAGAUAUAUAAAAAAUAUAGCAAAAUGAGAAAGAUGCCUGUAAAACCUAUUCUAACGUUCCUUGCCCACUUCUGAUUAGCUGAGGGUUUCGGUAUGUCUAUUCCGUCUUUGUGUAUUGCAGAGUUAUCUUCUCUUUGGA